AUGGCCCAGAAGCACCCCGGAGAAAGAGGGUUGUGUGGAGCCCACCACAGUGGUGGCGCCUCCCUCAGGACUUUAGGAUCCUCUGUGGACCCUGAAAUACUUUCAUUCUCAGGACUCAGGGACUCAGCGAGGCCUGCUUCUAAUGGUACCCGCUGCCUCACAGAGCACUCUAGUCCUAAGUACACACAGCCCCCAAACCCAGCCCACUGGUCGGAUCCAAGCCAUGGCCCCCCAAGGGGUCCAGGACCCCCUAGGGAUGGAGAGGACCCUGAUCAGAGUGAGGCAUCUUCAGAGGAAGAGUCAGGAGUGGACCAGGAACUCUCAAGAGAGAAUGAGGCUGGGUACCAGGAGGAUGGGAACCCUUCUUUUCUUUCCAUUCCAUCUGCUUGCAACUGCCAGGGAACCCCUGGAAUCCCUGAAGGGCCUUACUCUGAGGGAGGAGAUAGCUCUUCUAGCAACUUUUGCCACCAUUGUACCUCUCCAGUUUUGGGGGAAGAUGAAGAGUUGGAAGAGGAAUAUGAUGAUGAGGAACCUCUUAAGUUCCCCAGUGAUUUUUCACGUGUGCCCAGUGGAAAGAAACCACCUCGGAGACAGCGGCACCGCAUUCCAGCCAAGGAGGAUACUCGGGAAGGUGGACGCAGAGAUCCCAGGUCCCCUGGCCGACAUAGGCUGGGCCGGAAACGAAGUCAAGCAGAUAAGCGCAGAGGCCUGGGAUUAUGGGGAGCAGAGGAACUGUGUCAGCUUGGACAGGCAGGCUUCUGGUGGCUGAUUGAACUGCUGGUAUUGGUGGGAGAGUAUGUGGAAACUUGUGGCCAUCUCAUCUAUGCAUGCAGGCAGCUGAAAGGCAGUGAUCUGGACCUUUUUCGAGUCUGGGUGGGAGUCUGGGCAGGGCGGCUGGGGGGCUGGGCCCAGGUGAUGUUCCAAUUUAUGAGCCAAGGAUGUUGCUAUGGGGCAGGGCUAUUAACCCGUUUUCUUAGGCUACUGGGUGCUUUGCUCCUCUUGGCUCUGGCCCUCUUGUUGGGCUGUCUACAGUUGGGCUGGCGGUUUCUGGUGGGACUGGGUGACAGGUUAGGCUGGAGGGGUAAAGCCACUUGGCUCUUUUCUUGGCUGGAUUUUCCCACCCUGCAGCGUUGCCUGAUUCUGCUGAGAGAUAGCAGGCCAUGGCAACAGUUGGUAAAAAUGUUUCAGUGGGGUUGGCUGGAGUUGCCUUGGGUCAAGCCAAGGACUGACAGGCAGGGGAAUGCACCUAUAGCUGGUGGUCGCUACUGCCAGCCUGAAGAAGAAGUGGCUCGACUCUUGACCAUGGCUGGGGUUCCUGAGGAUGAGUUAAACCCUUUCCAUGUGUUGGGGGUUGAAGCCACAGCAUCAGAUACUGAACUGAAGAAGGCCUAUAGGCAGCUGGCAGUGAUGGUUCAUCCUGACAAAAAUCAUCAUCCCCGGGCCGAGGAGGCCUUCAAGGUUUUGCGGGCAGCUUGGGACAUUGUCAGCAAUCCUGAAAGGCGGAAGGAAUAUGAAAUGAAACGAAUGGCAGAGAAUGAGCUGAGCCGGUCGGUGAAUGAGUUUCUGUCCAAGCUGCAGGAUGACCUCAAAGAGGCAAUGAACACUAUGAUGUGCAGCCGAUGCCAGGGAAAGCAUAGGAGGUUUGAAAUGGACCGGGAACCUAAAAGUGCCAGAUACUGUGCUGAGUGUAAUAGACUGCAUCCUGCUGAGGAAGGAGACUUUUGGGCAGAGUCAAGCAUGUUGGGCCUCAAGAUCACCUAUUUUGCACUAAUGGAUGGAAAGGUGUAUGACAUCACAGAGUGGGCUGGAUGCCAGCGUGUGGGAAUCUCCCCAGAUACUCAUAGAGUCCCCUAUCACAUCUCAUUUGGUUCUCGGAUUCCAGGCACCAGUGGGCGGCAGAGAGCAGCCCCAGAAGCCCCUCCUGCAGACCUUCAGGAUUUCUUGAGCCGGAUCUUUCAAGUACCCCCAGGCCAGAUGUCCAAUGGGAACUUCUUUGCAGCUCCUCAGCCUGGCCCUGGGGCCACUGCAGCCUCUAAGCCCAACAGCACAGUACCCAAGGGAGAAGCCAAACCGAAGCGGCGGAAGAAAGUGAGGAGGCCCUUCCAACGAUGACACCCCUUCUCUUCUUUCCUCAGAUCAAUGUCAGGGAGUCAAAAGGGCUGUGUA